AUGCAUAGGCCGCCUACUUUUGCCGGCACCCACCGCCCAGAGGAAGCGGAAUACUGGCUCAACCAAGUCACCAAGUUACUGCGACCUCUCCACUGUUUUGAGGCGAAAAAUGUAGAGCUCGUCUCAUAUCUCUUUAAGAAGGAGGCAGACCUGCGGUGGGAGAGUGUCAUCCGAUCCAUUCCUGAGAACCACAUAUGGACGUGGGAGGCAUUCGAGGCCCGCUUUAAUAAGAAAUAUAUCCCUCAAUCAUAUCAGCAUGAGAGGGAGAAUGAAUUUCUCCGCCUCCAACAAGGGGGGAUGAGCGUGGCCCAAUAUGAGAACCGCUUUACAGAACUCUCCCGCUACGCUUCCGAAAUGAUCGUCAACAAAGCAAUCAAGAUGAGACGAUUCACGGCAGGGUUGAGGAGCGGUUUCCGCUCCAAGAUGUGUUGUGCCAGCAUCAGAACAUAUGCCGAGCUCGUCGAGAUGUCAAUACGGGCGGAACAGGACGAAGAGUGGGUCGCACGAAACCGUUCACAGCUAGGGCCACGAAACAGGAUAAAGGGACCGUCCUCCUCUUUUGCAGGAAAAAGGGCGCGUCCUAACUCACUACCCCGACUAGCCGCCACACCGGCCCCUUCUGCACGACUAGCCCAAAUAUGUACUUAUUGCAGGAGAGCGGGACACUCUGAGCCCUACUGUUUUACGAGGAUGAGAGACCUCGGCUUCACACCGCUACGGUGCAACAUUAGGCCCCCGCAGCAGGCCUUGCAGAUUCCGCCCCUACGGGCAAUGGGGCGUAGCCAGCAGUCUCGUCGUCUACCACCACAGCAGCAUCUGGGGCUACGCCCUAGCCCCUUCGUGGGGGUAAAGAUCAUUGCAGCAGCCGGCACUUUCUCAGAAGCGACGAAGAUAUGUCAUAAUUGUCCCAUCGACUUAGGAUGCAAGGUAGCACAUGUGGAUUUGAUAGUGACCAAAAUCUUCUAUUAUGACGUCAUUCUGGGCAUGGACUGGUUGACAGUGAUGAAAGCAGAAAUCGAUUGCGAUACAAUGAUAGUGAAGAUACAUGAGGACGACGGCACUUCCCUCACAUUUUCGGUCCAGGGGGGCGAUGAGUUAUUGAAAAAGAUGAGGGAAAGAGCAAGGAAUGAUGAGAAGUCUGAGUGGAGGAUCGGUACCGAUGGAGGGUUGUGGUGUCAAGGCCGCCUUUGUGUUCCAAACCUUCAUGGACUACGAGAAGAAGUUUUAAAAGCCGCUCACAACUCCAAGUUGGCGAUGCAUCCAGGUAGUACAAAGAUGUACCGAGAUCUAAAGCGAACCUAUUGGUGGGACAACAUGAAGAAGGAAAUAGCGGAGUAUGUGUCCUGA